UUGGAAAUGAAUCAUUUUGUACAAUACGAGAAGAUAAUGGUUCAAAAUUUGACAAUUUCAUUUCAGAAAAGACUGUAAAAAAGGUAAAGAAAAAAAUUGAUAAUUUAUUGUCUUUAUACGCUUAG